UAGAUCCAUUGCUAUAUUGGGACACCCAAUCCCGUUCCAAGGAAAACAUUACUGGGAGGUGGAUGUUGAUGAGGACAUUGACUAUUGCAUUGGCGUGGCUUCUGAAAAUGUACCAAGAGACGACUAUUUGGGCGCAAGCCAUUCCUCCUGGUGUAUGAAGCAUACCAUUACUCCCUCCAGCCACAUCUACGAAUUUCUGAAUGAUGGGAUGACACCGGACAUCAAGAUCACUGUUCCUCCCCAGAGGAUUGGCCUCCUGCUGGACUAUGAUGAAGGGACUCUGUCGUUUUUUAACACUGAUAUCAUGCAACACUUGUAUACCUUCCACACCAGCUUUCAAGAUUUUGUGUGUCCCUGUUUUGCAGUGGAAAAGGUUGGCGUGCUCAAGAUUCGAAACGGCAUUGCAGUACCCCCAUUUAUUGUUUUGUGAUUGAGGAUAGCAAAACAGCAUUCUUUAUAUGCAAUGUGGCACACUUUCAGCUCCCCCUCCCAACCUUUUCUCUUUCUCCCCAAAACAGUCUGCAUUAUUUAUUUAUUAACUUUAUUAGUGUGUGAGACAAGACCCUGUUGUGCAAAAAGCAAAUGCUGUUUCAAACGUGUCUCUUGCUGUUUAUACAGAAAAGCACUUAGCCUAACAGCUUCAUUUACACAAAUAUUAAACUUGGUUAGUGUUAACCUAAUGAGUUGUGGGGUUUCUCUUUUGUUUUGUUUUUUGCAACUUGAGUUAUUUUGCAAA